CACUUCCGGCCUCUGCCCCCUCCGCCCCGCCCCCAGCCCUUUGUCUCGCUGCUGCCCACGCUCCUGCGAGUGGCGGCCCUGGGCUGGGAGGCGCUCUGUGUCCUCCCUGCAGCAGCCUCCCCGACGGGGAGUCCGCCCACCCUCUGGAUCAGGGUAUGCCCGGUCCUCCUCCUUCUAGAUACUCUCCAACAAGUUCUCUUGCCGCUUUGAGCCUCAGUUUUUAGGUCUGUGACUAGUAUUAAAUCGCCUCAUAGCCGUCUUAAAAAAGUAGGAGCUUGAAGCAGAUGUUCAGGGAGUCCACUCGAGUGAACUGCUGAAGGCAUGAGGACUCACUGCCCAUUUCUCUCUACAUUUGAGCAGAGGAGUGGGAUCCCUCCCUUUGGACUUCUCAGAUGACUUGUGAUGUCUUGGGAGUGAUAAAAGAUCCUUGUGCCUGAACUGUGAAGUCCUAUGCUAGAUUACUAAGGCAAAUGAGUCUUAGGCAGGGACGCAGAGCUGAAAUUUGAUUUAUAGGUGUCAUUGGCUCCCAUGUCCAAUCAGGUCAAGUGAAUAGUCUAUGCACAUUUUUUCAAAUAUGGGUAAGUUUCUUGUUUGCAGUCACACCGUUCCUUAGCAGGUCGGAUUGGGGUUGCAGAUUUAUACAGGUCACUUCCUGCAGCCAACACCUGGGCUUAGGAACCAUUGCUUAUCUGAUCACCUUACCUUAGUAAUAAUAAGAAAACCUAGAUGGCAAGUGUAUAUUUAAAAUGCACAGGAAAAGCCAGGAGUAGGGAUACUGCCUGUAAUCCCAACACUCAGGGGUCUAGAGCAGGUAGGUAACCCUGAAUUCUGAGCCAGCCUUAGCUACAUAGUGAGAACUAGAUCAGCCUGGACAAGACUGAUACAGUAAAACAAGCAAGACAAAAAUCUUAAAACCGUGGAAUUUAUGACAGAGAUCGCGGGCCCGUUUUCAGGACCACGGACAGCGCACAACAAGCGUCGCUCUCUUACAUUAUUGGUGCUGAAAAUGGUUCUUGGACUGCCCAAGAGGGCACUUAGCUAGCUCCAGAGUUUACAAACCCUGGUUCCAAAUGCAUCAUUUCGCCUCUCGCCAGCUGCCCCCUCAAGGUGAGUAUUAUUGGUUCUCAGACAUACAGGAAGCAACCGAGGCUUAGGAGGUCCAUGAAACACACGGAAGUGGCAAGAACCAGCUUUGAUUUACAGCAAUCUCCCCAGAGGCGGAAUGGCUCUGGAGCAGAACCAAGGAUAUCGCAAAGUCUGUGGCAGUCGUUCAGGUUGGACUGCCGCUGGGGAGCCAUACACAUUCGUAUGCACCAGAAGAUAAACAAGUGCCUGCAGCUCCUUGGCGGGUGCCCAGGCCGGGGGUGGAAUAAACAGUCCCAGUGACUUUCUGAGAAGAGAGCGUGUGUGGCAACCGGCGCCAUGGAGACAAGCAGACUGUAUCCGAGCAGAGGCAGCAGCCGGCCCCCAAUGCCAUCCUGAGUGCCUGUAUGCACAGGCUUACACGCGACUCAGUGUGCAUCUCAUAUUCUCCCUUCCUCUCUGUCAUGCCCACAUCACGUUCAUGUCUACUUCAAACACAGUCAUGUUUCACACCCAAAGCCACCCACCCACUCCUGGGCUGUAGCCAGAUAACCUCAUUCCAGUUUGGUUUGAAGCUAAGGGGUUUGGAAAAGCUUUGAGGUGGGCAGUUAGUAAUACCUGUAGUUCCCGUCCCCUUCUUCUGUGCACUGGCUGUCACCCAGGCUGAACUUCAUCUUUUAGCAUAUCAAAACCUCAAGGGAUUGUGUGUGUGUGUGUGUAUGUGUGUGCAUUUGUGUAGUGCGUAUAUGUGUGGUGUAUGUAUGUGUUACGUGUGCACGUGUGUGUUGUGUGUGCACGUGUGUAUGCACAUGUGUGCGUGGUGUGUGUGUACAUUUGUGUGGUGUAAAUGUGUGUGCACGUGUGUGGUGUGUGUAUAUGUGUUACAUGUGCAUGUAUAUGAUGUAUGUGCUGUGCAUGUGUGUGUUGUGUAUGCAUGUGUGUAUGCACAUGUGUGUAUGUGGUGUGUAUACAUUUGUGUGGUGUGUAUGUGUGUGCAUUAUGUCUGUGUUAUAUGUGCAUGUUGUGUGUGCAUGUGGGUAUGCACAUAUGUGUGUGAUGCGGGUGUACAUGUGUGUGUACAUGAUGUGUGUUAUGUGUUGGAGUUAGAUUUACGGUUCGUAGUAGCUUGCAGACCCAUCUUUGGGCACCAUCCUUGCACACAGUUCAGUGCUCCAGGGAGACAUGCACAGUUCCUUUCCACAAGCUCAUCAAGAGUCGCACAGACCACAGAUUCCUUCAGGCUCCAUGCCUCUCCUGCUGCACACUGCACUCUGUGCUCCCCACUCUCACAAUGGUGGUGCUAAGGGCUCCAUAGUUGUCCCCUCAUAUUUGAUUCUUAAGGAAAGCCAACUGAGAUGGAGAAUUAUUACACCCACUAGACAGAUGAGAAAAGAAACUCACCAGGGUCACACAGUUAGCAAGGGACAGAGCUGGGAGUUAUAGUGUGGCUUUACAUAUACACAUGCAGCACCCCAUGUUUGUGCAGCCCCUGACUUAGCCCAGAUAACUCACACCUGACAAGACCCCUGACCCCUGACAUGGAUUGCUCCUGGGCCCUCAUUAUGUUGUCUCAAGAGUCAUGAGUGCUUUGGCCUGAACACGACAAGCUGGGCAUGGUGGCACAGGCAUGCAAUCCCGGCUAUUCAGGAGGCAGGAGGAUUGAGAGCUCCUGAACUAUGGGAUUGAGGAGGAUUGAGGCCUAGACUAGGAUAUCGGCAAUUGACCACGAUCCUGGUUGUCUAAAGUAAACAUAAAACUGAGCUGAGGUUGUAAUGCAGCUGAAGAACACUUGGCUAGCAUUUGCAAGGUCCUGGGUUGGAUCUCCAGUACUGGAAAGGAGAGAGAUCACCAUCUGAUGCCCACCCAGACCCCUUCUCUACUUUUCUGCAACUCUCCACCCCCAGCAGCUGAAGGCUGGGGUGGCCCAGGGUUUGGAUGGGUGACUCAGGCUGAAUCAUGGCCCAGCUGCUCCUUGAUAACCCCUCCCACUCCUGCCCAGAGAGUCUAUUUGGAAGGCAGGGGUGGGCCUUGGUGUUGUGGGGAACAGGGAGCAGGUUGGGGGAUGGUAGAGGACUGAGUACUUAAGUAGACACAGUGUGAAAGGGCUUCUCUGGAAGCUACCAUACUCCUUAUCCAGGAACGUGGCUCCUUUUGCUUGGAGGCCAGGAGCUCACUGGCUAAUCCCAGGACUCAUUUUGGCUCCCUUCCCCCAUCCCAUAGCCCUAAUAAAAUAACACCGACAUUAACUAUUCUAAUUGAUCACUUAGCAGUUAACUGCUCUUGCUCUGCAGUUUAUAAAACACCUUUUAAUCUGGGGGUGGGAAUGAACACCCUCUCAUUGACACAGAGGAAACCGAAGUUCUGAGAGCUUGUAUGGUUGGCCAAUGUCACACUGUUGGUGAUAUGACAGACAUAGGCUAGAAGCCCAGGCCUGUGGAAGGUGAGCACUGAGCAGCUGAGCCAAGGGCCUGGUAGAAAUGCAGUGGGUGGUGUUAGCUGUGGGGAAGGUGUGGGGCAUGGCACUGGAUGGCACAAUGAGGUAUUAAAGGCAUAGCAUGGUGUGGCAUAGUUGGACCAGGGCCAGGGUCCUGAGAGGCAAGGCUGGUGGAGAAUGGUGCAUGCAAGAUUGUUAAAUUUUAAUUUCCUUGUAAUUAAUGGAUUAUAGAAUUAUCUGUGCCUUCCAAUCUUACACUGUCCAAGACCAAUAUUCUAAGGCAAAAUUCCAGGGCGUCGUCGAGUUUCCCUGGAAAACGCUUGGAGGCUUUGCUUCCGGAAACCUCAGGGGUUUUUUUUAUAUCGAAAAAAGAAUGACCUCAGGCCUCUGUAAAAGUGAGCUAUGGGGAGGCUUGAGUGAAAUCACCAUCCUGCCCUUUUAAGCUGUGAGGGACUCGGCAAAGGCUCGCUACUGGUUUUCACACGUUGCUUUGCCAUUUAGCAAACAUCUAUGGGUGCUGGGCAGAGGGCAGAGUGGGCUUCUGGAAGCCCCGGGGGCAGCGCUGAAGAGGGAGUGGGUGACAUCGCUUCCUUUCCCCCUGCCUGGGCUGUGUCUGGCCUUCCCCCACCCUCAGCCCAGGAGCCUGUUUCUAGGCAACCAGAUGGAUGCAGAGAUGGUUCGGAGGGGAGAGAGCUAAAAAUAGGGAAGGGAGAAAACAAAAAUAAAGUUCCAGAGAAAUCCCUGAAGCCACAUCACUGGGGCUGGGGGAUGGGGAGACAGACGAAUGGCAUGGUAAGGACAUGGGGACAGCCCCUAGCCCUUCAUGAGGGGAAGGAGGCAGUCUCCCAGUUAGCUGCUCAGCGGGAGUCUGCAGAGUGCUGAUGUGGACGAGCUGGGUGAGGCAGUGAGGAGAAUGGCUUCAGAGUGAUGGGAAAUCUCAAAAGAGAGAGAGGGUUUCAUUUCCAUGCAGUGGAGUUGAGAGCAGGUGCUUAGGGGGAAGAGAAUGGAGGUAAACAGAGAGCCAGGGUCAGCAGGGGGGAGGCUGGAUAUUUCAGGGGAGCUUGAGAGGCCCGGCAGGUCUCAGCCCCGACUGCACAGCCUGCCUGUAAUACCCAUUCUCUCCAGAUAACCUCCCGGCAUACCCUUUCAUUUGGGUUUCAGCUCUGCCUCAGACACUUGACCUGGUCAACUUUUUUCUUUUUUGAUUGUAUGACUUUUUUUUUUUUACAUUCAUUAAUUUGUAGAUAAGGAGUCACAUUCAUAGAAGCCAGAAAACAGCUUUCUGAAGUUGGUUUUUCUCUUGCUGUGUGAGUUCCAGGGAUCAAACUCAGGUCACCAGUCUUGGCAGUAAGCAACUGUCCUGGUGAUGCUCUCAUUCCUCGGUGACUACCUUCUAAUGUCGCUCAUCGCCUGCAGACUACCACCACAUCCUUUGGUAUUUCUCCAUACCACUGGGGUAGUCAUCACAUGUGGGGCAACAGGCAAGCAGUGUCACUACCGUCUCUGUGACACUGAACAAGUCUGUCAUGUCCACAGUUCUGUUCCCACCUUUCCCCGUUAUUCAUAUUUUUCCAUUUGUCUCCUUUUGAGAAAACAGGUUUUGGUCAUUCCAAAGGUCUUGGCCUUUGGAGUCAGGCAUGGGGCUCAAGGUGGCUUUUGACAUUUCUCAGCAAUCAGGCUUGGCCAGGUAGCACGCCUCUCUAACUCCUAUUCUCCCACCGGAGUAGGGGUUGUCGCAAUGAAGCAUUGAGGGUGGCUUCAGGUGAAAUUGGUGAAGUACCACAUGCUUGGGCUAACCUGGGAGCAUGGUAAAUGGCUCAGACCCCAUGAACUGGACACAGACACACACACACACACACACUCUUUAGACAUCGGCUGGCAUCUUCUGCUGACACUUCUGGACGUGUGCCUGGAAUGCAUUUAAAGUGACUCCGGCAGGUGAGAAUGUUGGUCUCUAAGCAGAAUCUUUCUCAGUGGGGCCAGGUGUAGGAUUUGGCACUUAGGAAGGAGGAAGUAAAUCUUUUCACAGGCCAGAUGGUAAACCUAGUUUUGACAUCUAAAAAUGGGGAUCAGGGGUUGGAGAUAACAGUAGAACCAAUAAAUAAGGGGUUCAAUGUUGGUUUACAGAUAACAGCGCUCUCUCUCUCUCUCUCUCUCUCUCUCUCUCACACACACACACACACACACACACACACACACACACACACACACACACACUGGGUGUAAUAAAACCAGGACAGACAGGGCUGGUGACCAAAUGGGAAAGGUCUGCAUAAACCAAGGGUAUUCAAACUUAGAAAAUUAUAUCGUGCUGGUAAGUUAACCGUAUCUAAGCCAAAAUUCAGCCGGAGGGCCAUGCACCUGUAAUCCAGAAGACAGCGGGUUGUAGGUAGUGUGGUAAUUGGGCUUCUAUCACUCCCACUCAUCUAAGCCCACCGGUUUGUUUCACAGGGUCAUCUGUUAGCUACUUUCUGCUUCCAGAUAUGAAGGCCCAGGUGACCAGAACACACUGGUCUCCCGUUGGGUUAAUGGCUUCCCCAGAUUUGCCAUCUUCCCUCCAUCGGUGACUGAAUAGAGUGAGCAGAUUCAACACGACGUUGAGGGGACUUCUCUGCAGGAAACCAGACUAUAGUUCUUGCGCAGCGAACGCAGACCUGACUGGGUUUCUACUGCAAUUGGAAACGCCGCACAGACUAGGGCGGAGCCUGUCCGAAUAAAAGCGUUUUCCUACUCGCAGAGGCGGAGCCUCCACGCGUUGCAGAUUUUAUCAAGGUUUCCUUCUUACUCUGAGUCGGCGGGGGCCCCCUAGUGCUGAUCGUGGUGUGGUCCCGGCGUCUGGCGCGCUUCCCAGUAUUCUGCAGACCCUCUCCUACUCCAGCUGAAAUCUCAAACUUUCAGUGAGUGGAGAGUACCGCCUGGCGGGAGCUCUGCCCUCUCCUGGGCCAAUGCUUCAUUCUGUUUUGUUUGCGUUGGGCGGGUGUGCCUAAAUGUGUGUGGACAGGACUGGAGUGGGAGGGGUCUGCCAACGGUUAACGACGUCUUUCCGCCGCUCGUCUACAACCGGGCCAAAGAGCGCGGGUCUGCAUGUGAGCUCUGGCCUUGGUGCUGAAACCCGGGCUCGCGCGUAGAGACUGGCGCACGUUCACGCGCGUGCAUGCGCAUUCACGAUGCUGGUGCGGCCCUUGCUUCUUUUGGUCUUGUACUCCUCCCUUUCCUGCCAGGAGGUGGCGCCUGAUGCUAACUUCCCGCCUCCCAGUCAACUUCAAUCUCAGUGUGCAAACUGCCAGACUGACUAUAGGACCCAGGAGAGAACUCUGGAAGCUUCCCUCCAGGGCAGAAGGGAACUGGAGGCUCAGGGAACAUGGAGUCUAUAGACACCUCCUUACAGCUUCAUUCUUAGUCGAGUGCACACAGACUUGAAGGAAGGGAAGCAAGCAAACUUUGUGCCCCGGGCUGGAGGAGUGGAGAUGAGCAAAGCUGAGGGUGAAGGGCAGGAGGAGGAAGAGGAGGAAGAAGAGGAAGAGGAGAAGGAAGAGGAGGAGGAAGAAGAGGAAGAGGAGAAGGAAGAGGAAGAGGAGGAGGAGGUGAAAGAAAAGCCAUCAGAAGCAACAGCGGAGGGACUCCAAGGAGAAGCCAGAGACCUACCUGGAUCCCUUAAGACCGUGAAGCAGAAGGCCCAGAGAGAACAUCCAACCAAGCUCCCGAGGGAGCUGCACCCCCUGCAGUUCAGGUGGGUUCUGUGGUUCUUCAAGAAUGAUCGAAGCCGGGCCUGGCAGGACAAUCUGCAGUUAGUCACCAAGUUUGACACUGUGGAGGACUUCUGGGCGACGUACCGCCACGUCAAGCUGGCCAGUAAGCUCUCUUGUGGCUGUGACUACGCUCUGUUCAAGGAAGGCAUCCAACCCAUGUGGGAAGACAGCAGAAACAAGCGGGGUGGCCGCUGGCUGCUCAGUCUUGCCAAACAGCAGCGCCACAUGGAACUGGACCGUCUGUGGCUGGAGACAUUGCUGUGUCUACUCGGGGAGAGUUUUGAGGAGUACAGCGGGGAAGUGUGUGGCGCCGUCGUCAACAUCCGCACCAAGGGGGACAAGAUUGCCCUGUGGACAAGUGAAGCAGAGAACAAGGCCGGUGUGAUGCACAUCGGGCAUAUAUACAAAGAGCGCCUGGGCCUCUCCACGAAGACCAUCAUUGGGUACCAGGCCCAUGCAGACACUGCGGCUAAGAGCAACUCUUUAGCCAAGAACAAGUUUGUGGUGUGAGGCAGGCUUCCGGCCGCUACUCACCUGGGCACCCUCCUUCUCCUGUUGGUGGACCGGAAGACUGCACUGUGGAUUCUGGGGCAGGGCUUGGGGGAUGGACGGCCUGGUUCCUUACCUCUCUUGGAAGGCGUGUAGUGUAAACGACACUCCUUGGAUGUUGCUGACGUUGGCCUCAUAUUUACCGGUUUAAGCCAUUCUCCCGCUUCAGCCUACAUAACUGGGAUUGUAAGAGUUCACAAUUGUACCCGUGUUUAUAAUAAUUUCUUCAGCUUUUGCGGGUGGGGUGGGGCGGGGCUCGGGCCUUGUGGCAGCUGGCCACUACUUAUAAACUAGUCUCAAUUCGCCAUUUGCCAAAAGCAGGGUGAAGUGAUGUCCUGGCUUUGGAGUUCAGUUCUCCGUGGGCACUGCUUAAAGGCUUUUUAUAGGUUGCCUUCAUUAGAUCCGUAGCUUGGGUACCCAUCCUAAAACCUGCCCCUUCCCUAGACCAGCUGUGAUUGGCUCCUACCCUCUCUCCCUCCCUCCCCUCAAGUACUGGAGUAGGUUAGAGGAAAAACAAUUUGUGUAAAGACAGGUGGGCCCUGGGAACUGAGAAAUGCCCUGCAUACUUCUCCUCUGAAGACGGUCCUGUAGGUCCUGUGUGUCUCCUGCUGAAGUGAUGGAAUGGAAGAACCUUAAUGCCUGAAGAGAUUGCAGUGGUAGUUGGGUGUUGUUGUAAAAUAUAAAAAAAAUAAAAAAAAGUAUUGUCUAACUCGUUUAGGUCCGCACCACAGUGCCCUAAGAUAUCUGCUAGAUAUCUCUGUGGAAACACAUCCCAACUCCGCGGUGGCCCCAGUGUCUCCAGCUGCCACACCUUUUCCUACACUCAAACCAUCACAUAAAUGAACACGUAACACAAUAAUCUUUGACCCAAUUGAUAAGCUAUAAUUGCCCACCUAAACCUACAAACCCGGUACCAUCCAUCCCUUAAGAACGUUGAUAACGGGGCUGGGGAUUUAGCUCAGUGGUAGAGCGCUUACCUAGGAAGCGUAAGGCCCUGGGUUCGGUCCCCAGCUCCGGAAAAAAAAAAACUAAAAAAAAAAAAAAAAAAAAAAAAAAAAGAACGUUGAUAACAACCUGUAAAUACACAGAGCGAGAUCUGUAUGUCAACUUCCAUUGUCCUGCCACGGCUUCUCUCUCUCCCUCUCCUCUCCCUCUCUCUGUCCCAGUCUCCUCCUCUUCCUUCAAACUUUUCUCCCACCCAUCCUUCCUUAAUUUCCUGAUAUCACAGAGUACAAAAGCCUAUCAGGGGGCUGGUGAGAUGGCUCAGCGGUUAAGAGCACUGACUGCUCUUCCAGAGGUCCUGAGUUCAAUUCCCAGCAACCACAUGGUGGCUCACAACCAUCUGUAAUGAGAUCUGAUGCCCUCUUCUGGUGUGUCUGAAGACAGCAACAGUGUACUGUACUCAUGUACAUAAAAUAAAUAAUGCUUUAAAAAAAAAAAA